AAGUGGCCAUGGCUGCAAAAAUGUUUCUUCUCAUGCUUUUGCAAACCCUCAUCCAGUACCCACAGAUGGUGGGUGAUGGGCUGGAUGAGGACACCCGUCUGCACAUGGAGCUGCGUGCAAAGCUCCUGGACAGAGAGAUGACUCGGUUGCUGCAGGAGCUGGAGCAGAGCAGCCUGGAGCGCAGUGUCAGGGCCUGGGGAGCCCUGCUCUGGGCUGCCUUGCAACAGGAGGACUUCUGUGCUCUGGCUGUAGUCCUGGGCCUCCUCCUGUGGCUGUGGUUUGUCUGCCGGAGAAGGAGCCACGAGCCAGACAACAAUGGUGAGGGGGAAGAGGAACAGAGAGAAGGCAAUGAAGAUGUCUAUGAAGAAGAAGAAGAACUCACUUUUGAGAAUGCCCUGAGAUGGGUUUUAGUGCACAUGAUAAAGUGGCCUGUUCAGGAUCUGAAGAGAGGUUGCAAAGACACAACUGUCCUGAUGGACAACUUCACCUUUGUCUUUGGACACCUCUUGUCAAACAGUUCAUACCCAGUGCCGCAACGAGCCAUUGGGGUGGGCAGUGCCUUUGAAGGUUGGAGUCCCCGGGAGGAGGAUGUGGUGUACCGUGUCCUUGUACCUCUCACUCCUCCCCCGAGCCACACCUUCCAUCUGGAGAUGGACACUUCAGGGCACAUACCCGGCAGGAACUUCUUCAUCCGCGUGGAGCCGGUGUGCACCUGCCCAAGGGAGCAGCAGGAUGAGAACGUGCUGUGCUCCCUCCACCACCCAGAAGAAGAGCAGAGGAGGAAUGAGGAGCCCAACUUCCUAAACACCCUCUGCACUGGCUCCUACCUGGAUGUGGAGAAAACUGCCCGCUGGUUCUACCAGUUGGUGAGAGCGUCCUGGCCGGCUUUGCCUCAGUCACACAGUUGGCAAUUAGUGCUGCUGCCCUCCAGCCGCUGCUGCAAAUUCAAGGUGACCAGAGGCAGAGAGAGCCUGACGGUUGAGCUGCUCUUUGGGGUGCAAGUAGGCAAUUCAGACAUCUAUGUGAGCAGCCAGCCUACAGAGGCCCUCUUCACCCCAAGCACAAUGUGGCCUGAGACCUACGCCGUGGCAGAGAUGAAAUUCUUCAGGCACAUUGCCAAUCAGGCUCCACGUGACAGCUGGCACCUCAGAUGCCUGCAGCUCUUUGCCUGUGCUCUGGUGGGCAUAGGCUUCUCCACUUACAUGAUGAAGACCAUUGUGAUGCACCUCCUGAACACCAUACCCGUGUCACGGUGGUGCAAGAGGCAAGUCUUGCGGCGGCUGGCUGAUACCAUGGAGUACCUGCGUGGCUCCCUGGAGGAGAAACGCCUUGACCACUUUGUUGUGGGCAACCGGACAUUUCCUCAAGAGAUUCUCUUGCCCCCGGAUGUCAAAACGGCCGAGCCACCCAACCUCUUCCAUCGCCUGGCGCAGGAUCCGGCCGCCCACACCCAGGCGAUGAGGGAGUACCAACAACUUUGGGAUCGGAUCGAAAGAAUUGUCGUCUACGGCCAGUGAAAGACGUCUUCACAUAGAGAGCUGUGCUUGUGGGGCUCACAGCUGCUCAAAGACAACCACCUCAUACCACAAGGAAAAAGAGAGGAGGAUGUGGGACAGAGAGAGGGAAGGGAAAACCCUGUGCAGCAGACUCUGCCAUCAGCAUUCCCCUCUCAGCAGUCUGCCCAGCACAGCCUGCAGUGAUGACCAGGGGGGCUACAAAGAUGACUUUCAUCCUCCUUU